AUGCCCUACCGUAACAUGCUCCUCAAGAGGUGGACCCGUGAGGACGGAACCCCCAGUGGUUCCAGCUCACGUGCGGAGUCCAGAACCCCCAUGGCCGAAGACGAUAGUGACUACGAAGAAGACGGAGAGUCGGACUUGCAAAGAAUCCAGGAGCUUUUGAGCCGGAAAUUGGAGCUGUUGCAGACAGAAAACGAAAAUCCUCUCAACAAGGUGCAUACUGCCGGAGACGCUAAGCAACACGCUGCAUUGGCUGUGAACAAGAGCAUCAUCGAGUCCCAGUCCACCACCAUCAACGACAUCAUCGCCUCGUUGGGAUUGCCCAGAACCGAAGUUUCCACCUUAUCUAGAGAGUUGCUCUUGGCUCAAUUGUACAAGUUGGUGGUUUCCAAGCCAUUGGUGGUGUACAACGAAGAACACCAAGGUAGUGCCCACUUUGUGGACGAAGAAAAGAUGCAGAGGUUGGUCAAUCAUUUCACUGGUGGUAACUACAGGUCUGAUGUCGAGUUCUUAUAUUUGUUCAGAUCGCUAGCCACCCUCAUUGUGAGUAAUAUUGACGACUUUGGCGAGUUCCUCAGUUCUGAUUUCAUGGAGCAAAUUGAAAAAUUGAUCACUGAACCUACAACCAGUGUAAUCACCAAUGACAACAAGGCCAACCUUAUUUCUGGAUAUGUGACGCUUUUGUUGGUGCUACACCACGGAUCUUCCAGUUUUGGAAUUGAUGACAAGAUCAAUUGGUUGAUUGAUAUUGCCGAGGGCUUCAGUAUGAGUGCCUUGACUUUACGUAAGAAUGUUGAGACAGGGGAUAGGGAGCACUCCACCUUUUUCGAUGCCAACGUUGACAAAAAUCUUAUUUCUGAAGCAUGGGGUAAAGUCGCUGCCGAAGUCAGUGUCGCGGUUGCUGCAUUGCAUGGUAUCGCCUGUCUUUUGACCUUAUUAGAACGUGGUGACUACCUCAAUGAACUCAGCGAGGAUUUAAUGCUCAAACUUGUGGUUUUGGUAGAUAACGAUGAGAUCCGUGAGAUUGCAAAAGCUGCUGGCAGAGUGAUAGCGGUUAUUUAUGAGUCCUAUCUGUAUGACGAAGAUGACGAGGAUGCUGACGACGAGGAGUAUAAUGCCAAUGCUCCUUAUUACGAGCAGGAAGCCUUGUUCUCCAUUUUUACCAGAUUGACCAAUCUUUCUUCGAAGAAAGUGUCUAAAAAAGACAAGAAGGAAUUCAAUUCUGUGUUCAGAAAUAUCUUACACACAUUAGAAGCGUAUGUGGACUCUGAGAAGAGAUCAUCCAUAUACAGGAAGACCCCUGAAGGGGUGGAACUAAUCAACUCAAUUAUGGACUCUACCUAUAUCAAGCUUUCCAAGUUCAAAUCCUUAUCGAUCAAUAGCUGGUUCCUCUAUGCCAGAUUGAGGCACUUGAGAUGGGCCUUCAGUUUUGGACUCCACAACCAAUUAGUGGCGAAUGAAAGCAUCCGUGAUAUUUUGAAAGAGCCCGAGACAGAAUUCAAGUCAUAUGACCAGUACGACUUCGAUGCUUCUAAGUUAGAAAAUGAACAAGCUUAUGCUGAGUAUGCCAGCGAAUUGUUGGACCACAAGCACAUUUCGGACGAUAAAGCUAGAUCGAGAAAGAUCAAAAAGGAAAGAGUAAACAAGAUGACUGCUCAGUUCGAGGAUAUUGAGCUAGCUGAUACCAAAUAG